GUCAUCGACGAUGUGUGUACCCACUGACAGCAGAAUCCAGCUGUCGGCUUUAUUUUGUACUUUGAGGUAGUGUGUUGAAUUUUCGACCAUGGAUCUAAGAACCCUGCUCGACAAUCUGUACGAAGAAGUAUCCUGUUCUGUGUGUAUGAAUUCAUAUAAUGAUCCAAAACAGCUUCCCUGUUUACACAGUUUCUGUCUUCGUUGCUUGAAGAAUAUUCUACGAACGAGCGGCCGCCAUAAUAUUAUAAAAUGCCCUGAUUGCCGAAGAGAAUGUGAAGUCCCAGAAAGCGGAAAUCUCGAAGAGUUGCCGACCAACUUUCGUAUUAACAGCUUGCUAGAUGUUUUGGCUAUCAAAGAAUGCGAUACUGCGGGAGUGAAAUGUGGAAAUUGCGACAAGAGAAGCGCUAACAGUUCAUACUGUUUCAAUUGUUGUGCUUUCUGGUGUGACGGGUGUGUUUCCGCGCAUAACAUUAUCCGAGUUAACAGAGAUCACCGCGUAUUGGCCCUCCAAGACUUUGAAGAUCAAGACAUGAGUGAAGUUUUGAAGCGAUCAGUAUUUUGUCCAAAACCUGGACACGAAAAAAGAGAGCUGGAAUACUUUUGCAAGAUCUGUAAAGUCGCCAUUUGCAACGCCUGUGCUUUGAUAGAUCACGACGGUCACGCGAAGACACUCGUGGAAGAAGUUGCAAACGAAAGGAGAGUUGCGUUGAAGGCUUUGAUCGAGACUAUGAAAGUAAAAUUACAGACAAUUAAAAGCAAAAUUAGCAAUUUUGCCGAGAACGUAGUUAAGAUUCAAGAAAACGCUGCUGAUGUAGAGAGGAGCGUACAGGAAUCCGCUGAUAAAAUGAUAUCAGUCAUCGAAGACAAAAAAAAACAGAUGAUUAUAGAAGUGAGAAAACAGGCGAGAGAGUCCCUUCAGCGUCUUGAUUUUGGAAAAUUAGAAAGUGAAGAAGAGAUGAAAGUCACCGAAACAGCGCUCGAAAUAGCUGAAACGCUUUUGAAGCAGAGCCCAGACGCUGAAAUCAUACAGCCUAACAAAUAUAUUGACCAAAUGUUACAAGAGAAGCCAGAGGGGCAAGUUGAUGAACGUAACGACCCAGCUAUUUCUAGCAGUGGAUCCUUUUUGGAGUACGAUUUCGUGAAAAAUCGAAAAUUAAUUGAUAGUACGAGAAAUGAAAACAUUGGUACUUUAAAGUACUUUCCCACCAAAACGAGACCACAUCUGUCAAAUGUCAGUGGAAGAGGCAUCUCUGAAUUUUGUAGAGGGCUUGAUGCAAAUAUAGAGUUGACAACGAGAAACAGGAAGGGUGAACAAUGUUUUGAAGAGAGCGACUGUGUGACCGUGGAUAUAAAGGACUCUUCAUUUCCUAAACUAAGAGAAGAAUCGAAAAUACGAGUCAAAAGUAACAGAGAUGGGACUUACAAGAUUAGCUAUUGCGAUAAACAUUGGUAUCGCAGAUCGGUAUCGGUGAAAGUCAAUGGUGAACAUGUUAAUGGAAGUCCCUUUACUGUUAAUGCAAAAUCCAGAGAGUUCAAACUCUUCGGCGAAGAGGGAGAAUGUCAGGGACAAUUUCACACGCCCUCUGGGAUAGCCUUUGGUAAAAAUGACAACAUUAUAGUGGGGGAAAGUGGUAGUCAGUACAUCCAAAUUUUCAGUGGGAAGGGUGAGUACCUGAGCCAUUUUUGGGGCAACUCUAGUCUUGUUCGCUGGCCCACAGAGCCUUGUGGUUUAUCUGUAGACAGUGAUGGCAACAUCAUUGUUCCAGACUGCCAUGACAAAUCUGUUAAGAUAUUUUCUCCUAAUGGACAACUUUUGCAUACAAUUGGCGAAGGUGAGAUCACCUCUCCAAUUCACUGUAUUCAAUACAAGAGCUAUCUUUUUGUGUCAGACAGGGAUGACCAUCGUAUCAAAAUGUUUGAUAGGGAGGGGAAGUUUCUGAAUAGUUUUGGUAGUAAAGGAAUAGGAAACAAACAGUUCAAUGAACCAUGUUGCUUAUCAGUUGACAAGGCAGGUCAACUGAUGAUUUGUGAUAAACUGAAUAACAGAGUUCAGCUUUUAGAUAUUCCGAGUGGAAAGUUUCACACCAAGUUUGAGAUCAAAGAAGAGGGUAAAGUACGCUUAGGUUACCCAGUCUCCAUCGCUGUUCUCAGCCAUGGAAGGAUAGUUGUGUCAGAUUUCCUGAACCAUUGUGUGCGUAUCUUUGAGUAGAUUUCACAUUCCCUCCCUGCAUUAGUCUAGCAUCAGUCAAUUUACUAACCUUGAUGAUUCUGGUUCACAACAGAUAAUUGUUGGUUAAUCUUCCAGAAAAUCCUGCACCUACCGCCGAAAGGGUUUUGCUGAUGUUAGUUGUUUUCUCAUUACUAAAAUCAGCUAUUGCUUAAACAUGAUUAUUUUUUUACUUUUCCCAAAAAAAUAUGAACGGUUGAUAUUCUCUUGUUUUCACUAUUGAUUAUCUUUACAAUAAAUGUUAUCUUAAUAACUGAGUGAAUUUUGGUCAUAAUUGAAUUGUGUUGUGAAUAAUAGCCUCCACAUAGAUAUAGCAUAAUUUUUAAUUUCAUCAGUAAGUGGAGAGAAAAGGGCUGAAAAGGGAUUUAGAAUGAAAAAUUAAAUGUAGGUUGACGUUAUAGCAUGUGUAAUAGUAUGUAAGGUGGCUGCAGAAAUCAAAGUCUGUUGCAAGCUUCCAUUUAGACAACGGAGGGUGUGACAAACGGCACGCGUGACAAAUAAGACGCGUCACAAACAGGACGCGUGACAAACGGGAUGCGUGAUAAACGGAAUGCGUGACAAACGAGACGCGUGACAGACGGGAUGCGAUAGCAGUGAAGGGAAAAAAACGGAGAUAGGUUCACGCUCACCCUGCUUGCAAAGUUAACGUCUGAAGCAGGUUACAGAGGUUAGAAUAUUCAAGAUUGUAACUAUUUGAAAAGUAAAAUCCAUUCAACAAAUG